UCGCCGGUAGGAUUUUAUCGUUAGGACUGUGAUUUUGCGAAUUUAUUUUGCUAAUAAAAGUCGACAAUGGAACCAGAAGAGGAACCAAACUUUGAAUUUAAUCUUGCUGAUAGUCUUGCCGACGAAUAUUUAGUUCUGGAGGCAGAAAAGAUAGAGGAAGACGUGAAAAAUUCAUCUCGCUUUGCAUCUUGCGAAGAAAAAGACUUGAAUGAGCUUGUGUCAAGUGCUAACGCGAAGGGCACAAAAAGAAACACCAAAUGGGUAUUAAAACUGUUGCAAGAAUACUGCCAUGAGCGAAAAAUUUGCAAGCCCUUGUUGGAUCUAACAGAGGCCGAGCUAAAUGACAUCCUGAGGAGGUUUUAUGCAGAGGCCAGAAACAAGAAAGGUGAAGAGUAUAGCCGCUCCUCGCUGCUUGGGUUCAGGAAUGCUGUUGAACGCCAUUUUGCAGUCAAUGGUAAAGCAAUGAAGCUCACUAACAACCCAGCAUUUUACAGCUCUAACAAGAUAUUGGAGAGCAAGCUGAAGGUCAACAAAAGAGAACAGAAACAAAAUACCAAACACAAACCAGUCAUUGAGCCAGCCGAUGUGAGUAAAGUCAAGAAAAAUCCUUUUUUGAGCCACGAGAAUCCUUACGGCCUCCUUCGGCGAGUGUGGUUCAUAGUGACCCUGUAUUGUCAAAGACCAGUGCCAAUCUUUACACCAGAGGACCCAGUGUGGUAUGAAAACAAGCCUCUAGGUGUCAACAAGUUGGGUGAUAUGAUGAAGUCAAUCUCUAUCGGAGCCGGCUUGUCAAAAGUCUACACGAACCACAGUGUCAGAGCAACAGCUAUCACCAUGUGGUCAAAUGCUGGAAUCCCGACUCGUCACAUAAUGAGCAUCUCUGGACAUACCAAUGAACAGAGUAUUCUAUCUUAUAACAGAAGACCAUCGGUCCAGCAACUAAAGACCUGCUCGGACGUGAUUUCCAGUGCAUUGACCGAUUCAGAGGGCGAGAGUAGAAGGCUUGAUCGAGAUCCCAGGGCUGUUUCGUCUACUUCCACUUCUGUACAGGUUGUACAGUCUGAGAUGGCCAUUAACUCCAUUCCAGAGUCGAUCUUCAAUGGCUGCUCUAUCCAGAACGUGAAUGUCUAUGUUGUCAAGCGAAAUUGACAUUGCUUUUCUUAGCUGAACUUAUUAGUAAGCUUCGUUUUUUAGAACCUUUGAGUUCUGACUCAAACUCUUUUCGACUUAGCUAAAAAAGCCAUUUAUAAGUAAAUGUCAAAAGUUUUGACCAAUAGCAAGCAUUCUUUCACAGUGGCUGUCAAAGAACUGUCAAAAUUAGCCAAUCACAGCGUAGGAAGUUUGGUUGUGAAAUGUUGACGUGYUUUAUGAAAAAACUUUUGUAAGUUAUAAAAUAACCUUUGAAGUUUUCAAAAGUAAAUAACCGAAUAACCUU